UUUCUGUCUCGCAGGGGCUUGCCCUUGACCUGUUAGUCGAUUCAGAAUCAUAACUCAAACAGAAAUUUCCAGAACAAUGAGCACAUUUCCAACAUACUGUACAGAUUCUUGCCAGAAUCUACUGAUCGGAUCUGAUGGAGGGUCAUCGGAUCUAGGACGCCUGGCCAGUGGCAUCCUUGACGAUGUACUCAAUCCACACCUAGAACUGGGGCACUUUAAGGACUCAGCCUCAACGUACGAGUCCGUCGCCGUCAGCCAAAGAAGUGCGUCAUCGGGAAAGAGCAUCGUAGACAAGCGCCUGGAGUACUGGAAGAACACGCUUCGCCAGAGGCGAGCGCUCCAGGAGAGACUUCGGAAGGCAACCGGCAAGGAGCCAAAGGAGAUGCUACUCAAUCAUCCCACCUACAUUGACCAUCGAGAUAGAGAGACGAUCAAGCGGAUACUGGACCUGGCCCGACCAAGGGAUCCCACUCAGAAGGAGGCCACCCUAGCUGCGCUCCAUCCAUGCGCGGAUCCUGUUCAGGAGACUCGGCCUCAGAAAGACUUUGUGGAGAUUGUGGGGAUACCAGGACAAAUGGCUGACGAGCUCCUUGGUACAGACGAUUCUAGGAACUUCCCCAGAAGCAAGUGGAUCAAUUCGAAACUUCUGAAAGAUCGCAUAGUAAAGGAUUUUCCCAAUAUACAGAGGGUGCUGGAGUACUAUCCGAGCAUCAAGAACUUGGAAAUUGUCCGCAGGCGGCGCUUGGGCACUCCCCGCGGUAACACUGAGUCCCUGAGCCCCAUAUCCAGCUCCUCAGUGAUCGACAUGACGGAACCCGACAAUCUAGCGAAGCCGAUUAUUUCGGUUAAACGAAAUCCAGGGUGCAGGUGUCCGCAUGGCUGCACUGGCGUGUGUGUCCUCAUCAAUGGCAUGCACUACAAGCCGCACGUUCCGGAGUUCUCGCCCAUCCUGGAACGCACCUUCUGUUGCAAUCCCUACCAGCACCACCUGCGCACCGUAAUGCGAAUCGAAAACAGUGGCGCAGAUGUCAUCAGGUUCACCUGGAUGCGCGUCGGUUCUUUUGCAUACAACGACACGCUCUUCGAUGCGAAGGACAACGAGUUCGUCUUCGACGACAGUGCUUUCCGGCUAGAGCCCGGAGAGAUUCGCGAUGUGUCCGUCAUGUUCCAGCCGCGAAUGGUGGCGAUAGUAAAGCAGCGAUGGCUGCUGGCCAUGCGGCCGCGUUUCUUCUUUUACCGUCCCUGUGCCCUAACCCUCAACUUGCACGGACGCUGUUCCCCUCCCAAGGAGUAUCUCGAUCGACUUGAGGAAGAGAUAGCGAUCUCGAAACGCAGCUCUGCACAGAUUCUGCUACAUAUGGCUCUGCCUCUGGAGCAGAGACACCUUAUCAUGUGUCCCUAUGAACGCGAGCUCGAGGACCGCGAGGCCUUCAACCGACGGAACAAAACCUUCCACUGCUCCACUCAUGCGGACGCCGAGCAGCUCAAGGAGUUCUUUGCGGCGAACAAGCCCUUCCGAUCCUAUCCGAAGUGGGACUACAGUGUUCGGAUGCUCAUCGAUCUGGUCUGUGACCACAAGGACCCGCAGAAGCGCCUACUCCUAUUCAAGGAACUCACCGAAAUCUUAGCGCGACUGCGCGGACAAGGGAGCGCUUUGACCGGGCCGCAGGAGCGCAGUUACACGAAGCUCAACUAUGUGCGCGGGAUCAUCGUCAGCCGCAUCGAGGAGUGGGAGGAGAAGGUCUGGCAGCUAGAGAAGCAGCUUCUCAAGACCACGCAGCAGCGCCUGCAGGACCUCAGCACCACGCAAGAGCAGGACAAUGAGAAUAUACCCAGCUGCGUCGUGACCAAAGAGGCACACAAUACCUUCCAGAGCGAACCUACGACCAGCCUGCUUAUGCGGAGGCUAACGAAAAUGAAAUACUUUCGGGACUCCAUUUACAUAUUCUCCUACGAUCUGUUGUGCAACGCUGCCGAGGAUAUUGUAUCCGUGAUCGAAAGCACUGUUUAGAUACAGGUCUUAACAGUUUGCAAUUCUAUUCCAUAGAGAUAAUUCUUCAGAUAAUAUGUUCAUACCUGAUUAUGCCCUUAAAUCCAUGUUUUAUACCAUGUAUACCCUCUAUUCUACAUUAAAAUUUGUCAGAAAAUUG